GGAAUAAAGAGCCAGAUAGUGUUGGUGGCAGCAGCUGUUCUAGACCUCACGUUGCUCUCACUGUUAAAUAUUUCAUACUAAUUUUAGUUCAUAUGCGAGAAUGCCUCCCAAAAAUGCCCAGAAAGGAGGAGCGACUCAGUCUAAAAAAACGGACCAGAAGAAAAAGGAGAAAAUAAUUGAGGACAAAACUUUUGGCCUCAAGAACAAGAAGGGAGCAAAGCAGCAGAAGUUCAUCCAGCAGGUGCAGCACCAAGUUAAACAUGGGGGUAAUAAGACUGCCAGGGAACUUGAGAAGGAGAAAGAAAACCAGUUGAAAAAGAAGGACGACAAGUUUAAGGAACUUGCUGAGAUUAAUGCCAUCUUUAAACCUGUUCAACAAACUGCUAGUAAAGGUGGUGACCCAAAAUCAGUGCUGUGUGCAUUCUUCAAGCAGGGUCAGUGCACUAAAGGUGGAAAGUGCAAAUUCUCACAUGAUCUUAAUAUAGAACGAAAGAGUGAAAAGCGCAGUGCCUAUGUUGAUGUAAGAGAUAAGGAUGAGACAAGUGCAGACUGGGAUGAGGCAACACUUUUAGAUGUUGUGGAGAAGAAGCAUGGAAAAGAAAAAUUAAAACCCUCAACAGAAAUUGUUUGCAAGUAUUUUUUGGAUGCUGUGGAAAAUGGCAAAUAUGGUUGGUUCUGGGAUUGUCCAAAUGGAACUGCGUGUAUUUAUCGCCAUGCUCUGCCUCCAGGUUUUGUAGUAAAGAAGGAUCGCAAGAAAAUGGAGAAACAGAAAGAAGAAAUUAGUUUGGAAGACCUCGUAGAACGUGAGCGAGCUGCCUUGGGUCACGACACAACUAAAGUUACAUUAGAGACAUUCUUAGCGUGGAAGAAGAGGAAACUAAAAGAGAAGGAAGAUAAAGAGAAAAGAGACUCGGAAAAGAAGAAGAGAGACUUUUAUUCGGGAAAAGAAUUUGGCCUAUCUGGUCGUGAAAUGUUUACUUUUAAUCCUGACCUGGCAAUGGGAGAAGAUGACUUUGAAGAGGAUGAAGAGUCUUUCGAUGUAUGCAACAUUGAGAAUGACACCGAAGAUACUGAAGAACUGAAAAUAGAGUACAAGGAAAUCAAUAUCAACGAGUUGCUAUCGGAAUACCAGGAAAUUGAAACAUCAAACGUAUCUAUAGCUAAUCCUGAUAGAUUACAGCAGCUUCAAGAAGAAAUUGCAUUAGAUGCAGCUAAAACAGCGGCAGCGGCAGCAGCAAUAGAUGCAGGAGCUGUUGGGGGUGUACCAGAUGGUGCCGUUGGAGGGGCUGAUGCAGCAGCUGUAGAUAUUGAUGAAGAAUUGUUUGAUGGAGACGAUGAAGACCUUGAUGAGUUAGAUGAACAACUAGAAGAGAUGACUGUUUCUUAGAGGUGGUUUAUUAUCUUGAGGGCACAGAUUGAGCCAUGACCCUUUGGCUGAAUUGCCCACCAUACUUGGCAAUGCAGUCAUCAUCUUACGGCAUAUAAAAAUUUUAAUAUUGUAUAGAUUAAAUUGUUCUUGUGAUAUGAUCUGGAAUGGAUCUAAAUUCUAAUAUAUCAUUGAACAAUGUUUUAACUGUAUCUAUCUAUCCAUCUGUAUACUUCAUUCAUCAUAAUAAAUCUUUGCACAUACACAGUUCAUUAUAAUAGAAGACAUAAACUUAAACUCAAGUUAUACCUGGCAUUAUUCUAUGAGUUAAUGUGCCUGUAAAAUCUCUGCUACUCCAGUAUAUCAUCUUUGGCUGUCUAUCACAAAUUCUAUUACACAGUCACAAAAGUCACACACAAAUCUUGCAUUUUACAGCAAAACAUAGUCAAUAAAAAGAUAUUGACCACACUGCUGUGCGUAACAAUAUGAAACCAUGUGAAAACUGUAAAUGUACAGUACCCUUGGUUACCGGCAUCAGUAGUUAUCGCUUAUUUUCUAUUCCACCGCCCCUGGGGUGGCUGAUACUUAUUUUACUGACUGUACAAUACAUGUAUUACCAUGUUUCAGCAUCACAGUUCUUAUCAUUUCAUCAACAUUCAGUUAGCACAACUGAUAGGUACCUCAUAAAGUUAAUCAGUGAUUUACAGAUGCCCUGUACAAAACUUGGCCCCACUGAUGUUAAUAUAGCAUUUUCAUACAGUACAGUAAUAGAACCUUGAAUGUAUGGGACAUGGAACCGUGAUAUAGUGUUAAUUGUCAUUAUUAGAAAACGGCUAAUAUUACAUAGUUUUAUAUAUAUAUAUAUAUAUAUAUAUAUAUAUAUAUAUAUAUAUAUAUAUAUAUAUAUAUAUAUAUAUAUAUAUAUAUAUAUAUAUAUAUAUAUAUAUAUAUAUUUUAUUCAGGAAAACAUGGAGAUGGAUGGGAAGGAACUCCAUUAUAAUUAUUACAAUUAUCUCAAGGUUAAAAGAACUCCCGUUUACUUAAUUUAUACCGUUAUGUGUUCUACAAUACCUAACAGACAGUUAUUGAAGACAUCACAGCCAGAAGUAUAUGGAUACAUCUAUAUUUACAAAGCUUAUGUUAAAAGCCUCCUCAACGUUGAGAUCAUAGUACUUGAAGGAUGGAGUUGAAGGUGAAACUCCUGCAGUCAGCAUGAGACUGAAACAUUUGAGAUAGUAAUGAUUUUUAAUACAUAUAUACAUUGCCUUCAACAUUUAUGUGCAUUGAAAAUAGGUCUAACAUGUUAAGUCAUGAAUGAAGAAAAAAAUUUUUGACCAGACUUUGAAAAUACAGUACUUUGUUAAAAUGCUUACCACUGACUUUUGUCUGUCAGUGUGGAGCUUGAAAUGUCUCCCAGUGAGGACGACAUGCUUGUUCAGAAUCUCCUAAAGCAGUGGUUCCCAAACUUUCACACAAUGCCCCCUCUUGCUUUUUACCAAACCCUUAUGUCCCCCCCCCCUCCCCCCAUUUUUAAAAUAUAUUUGAUCAACUUUUAAUAAAUUUUACACCUUGUACUCAUAUUUACAUUACUUUCAAGAUCAACUAACUCGUAAUUAUUUUAUCCAUAUACCUCAUGCAUGUGAGAAAGAUUGAAAUCUAAGAAAAUAUUAAUGAUGCACAUUUUAUAAAGAAAAAAAGGUUAUCAAUAUAUAUAUGUUUUUCAGUCUCAACCCCUCCCCCCUUGUACCAACCUUGUGCCUCACAGUUUGGGAAUCACAGUCUUAAAGGUAUGGACACAGAAUGUUAUUUCUAUACACAAAAUACGAGUACGUAAAAUAAACAUAUUGUAUUCAAGCUUUAUUUUAUAAAACACCUGGACACAAGUUUUUCUUAUUCUUUAUAUGGAAGUAACAGCCACCUUGUUUGUACAGUUGCUACUGCAUUAAAUUCUUUUAGUUUACAACAUGUUGGGAACUCCUGGUAUAUAGUGAAGUCUUUCAUCAUAUCUCUUGAGGAUUAAACACUAAAAGUUUCCUUAUUUUCCGUGGAGGUCAAUUUAUCUGUAAUUUCUUUACUAUGAAUGAAGAGCAAACGGAGAAAACAGUUGGAUCACAUAGAUAAGUUAUCAUCAUUGCUGCAGUACUCUAAUUGGCUCAUAAUGCUUGCUCUCAGUGCAGAUUUUCCACUAUCCUAUCCUUGGUUUGUAUCUUACAUUUGCUUGUAUCAAGCUCAUAUGACUUCUCUUCUUCUUUUGAUAAUGCUGUAAAAAUACCUUCAGAAUGGUGGAUUGUUAAGGUUAUGCAAGCAACUGUUGAAUGCUAUUAUGUUGCACAUUUGCUUCUGUACAUUUCAUCAAUUGUGGAAGGUUACCAUUGUGAUGGUAACCAUUUGUGUCUUAUAGAAGGUAUAACUUUCAAUGCAGAUGAACUUUAACCUGACAUUUAUCUUACCUAGAUGCAAGAAGUGGUGGAGCUGUUUAUCCUGUUUGAGAAAUAAAUGCCACACAAUACUGA